AUGCCGCAGCGCCGCCAUGACGACGAUCUCGCCGCGCCGCUGCUUCCCAACGCGCCGUCCUCGCCGCCCGCCGCGUCCCACGUGAUCGCCGCGCUGCCGGUGGCGGCGGGGCGCAGCGCCGCGUCGCCGUCGGCGGAGCACAUCACGGUGGCCGUCGUGCCGCCGCGCGCCGUCUACUCCACGCCCUUCGUGCAGGCGGGUGUCGCCGACGUCGCGGGCGCCGCCAGCACGCCUCUCGCUCCCGCUUCGGCGCUGAUCGCCGCAGCCAGGGGGGAACAACGCGGCUCUGGCUUGGGGCUGGCGGCGCUGGCGGAACCGGUUGCAGGGGAAGGGGAGGGAGAAGGGGGAGGGGGAGGGGGAGGGGGAGGAGGAGGAGGAGCGGUGGGGGGAGGAAUUGCGCAGGCGGUGGGGGUCUCAAGGGCGAAUGCGGGCGGGGAUGGCGGAUCCGGCGCGGGCGUGGGGAGUGAACCGGCGGAAGGCAGGGAGAGUGGCGAGGGAACGUCGGGAACGGCGGAAGGCCCCGUGCGAAAGAAGCUGUGGCGCAUCGCGAGCGACGACAGUGACAGCGAUGGCGAGAACGACAACGAGCAUGGGAACAAUCAUGGCGACGCGGCUGCAGCGGGCGUGGGGAGUGAGGGGAGACAGGGCGAUGGAGCGGUUCCCGAGGAGGUCCGCGGCGGGGCGGGAGGGGAUCAUCCGGGCAGCAGGCGCAGCAGCAGCAGACAGGGGCGCGCCAGCACAGACGGGGGCGCCGUGAGGGACGCGGGCGCCAGUGAGGUGGGCGGCGAGCAGACGAGCGCAGGCGCGGAGGGCAGCAGGCGGGCGGCAGACGAGGUGGGGGAGUCGGGGCACAGCACCGCUCUCAGCACUGACUCAUCACACUCCACCGCUCUGGCAUUGGAUGACGCGAGGCCGCACAGCAUGAGGGCGGAUGAGUGGGACGAGGGGGACGGUGAAGGGGCGAGGGGGAGGGCGGGCGGGGAGGAGGCAAGAGGCACAGCGGGCGGCAUCGUGGGGUGGAUGUUCGCUGUUUGGCAUGGCAUGGCCACCAUCAUGCACCUCUUCAUCACCUCCCUCCUCCGCCUGCCCGCCUGCACAGCGGCCCUGCUCACCCGCCAGCUGGACGACGCGAGGGCGAACCCCAAGCUGGUGCUGCUGGCGCUCAAGGGCGGCGGGGCAGCGGCACUCACGGCGUCGCUGUGUGUGAUCGAUGUGGACGACCGCCUGCCGUCGCUUGCGUCCAUCGGCGUGUGGGCUGUCGUCACCGUGGACCUCGUCUUCGAAGCCAACAUCGGCCUCUCCCUCGGCAAGGGUGUGAACCGAGUGCUGGGCACGCUACUGGCGGGGGCAGCAGCGCUGGCGGUGACGCACAUGGUCUCACUCAUGGGGGGGUUGCACGUGGCCGUGCUGCUGCUGCUCGUCUUCCUGGGCGCCGCCCUCCCCAUCUACUACCGCAACCGCCCGCCCUUCAAAGACAGGUGGACGUACGCCAUGACGAUAAUGAUGCUCACCUUCCACAUCCUGCUGCUCUCCACGUACCGCCACCCCGAGAAGCUGCGCCUGCCAUUGGCGCGCUUCUCCAUGAUCCUGCUGGGCUUCCUCAUCGCCGCGCUCAUCAACCUCGCCCUCCUCCCCGCCUACGCCGGUGACACCCUGCACGCGCUGCUCUCCAAGAACUUUGACUCCGCUGCCACUCUGCUCACCAGGUGUGUGGAGGAGUACGAGCGGGGCACGGUGUGGCGCCACGUGCCCACCCUGUGGAGCAUGCGCACGGGGUUGGCAGGGGGGGCGGGCGCGCAGGGAGGCGUGGGGGACGGCAGUGGGGGGGAGAAGCUGCGGGAGAUGUACCAUGCCAUUGUCAUGAGCGACGCUGAGGUCGACAAACACGUGCGUGCUGCUUCUUCAUGUGCUGCUUCUUCAUGUGCUGCUUCUUCAUGUGCUGCUUCUUCAUGUGCUGCUUCUUCAUGUGCUGCUUCUUCAUGUGCUGCUUCUUCAUGUGCUGCUUCUUCAUGUGCUGCUUCUUCAUGUGCUGCUUCUUCAUGUGCUGCUUCUUCAUGUGCUGCUUCUUCAUGUGCUGCUUCUUCAUGUGCUGCUUCUUCAUGUGCUGCUUCUUCAUGUGCUGCUUCUUCAUGUGCUGCUUCUUCAUGUGCUGCUUCUUCAUGUGCUGCUUCUUCAUGUGCUGCUUCUUCAUGUGCUGCUUCUUCAUGUGCUGCUUCUUCAUGUGCUGCUUCUUCAUGUGCUGCUUCUUCAUGUGCUGCUUCUUCAUGUGCUGCUUCUUCAUGUGCUGCUUCUUCAUGUGCUGCUUCUUCAUGUGCUGCUUCUUCAUGUGCUGCUUCUUCAUGUGCUGCUUCUUCAUGUGCUGCUUCUUCAUGUGCUGCUUCUUCAUGUGCUGCUUCUUCAUGUGCUGCUUCUUCAUGUGCUGCUUCUUCAUGUGCUGCUUCUUCAUGUGCUGCUUCUUCAUGUGCUGCUUCUUCAUGUGCUGCUUCUUCAUGUGCUGCUUCUUCAUGUGCUGCUUCUUCAUGUGCUGCUUCUUCAUGUGCUGCUUCUUCAUGUGCUGCUUCUUCAUGUGCUGCUUCUUCAUGUGCUGCUUCUUCAUGUGCUGCUUCUUCAUGUGCUGCUUCUUCAUGUGCUGCUUCUUCAUGUGCUGCUUCUUCAUGUGCUGCUUCUUCAUGUGCUGCUUCUUCAUGUGCUGCUUCUUCAUGUGCUGCUUCUUCAUGUGCUGCUUCUUCAUGUGCUGCUUCUUCAUGUGCUGCUUCUUCAUGUGCUGCUUCUUCAUGUGCUGCUUCUUCAUGUGCUGCUUGCUCUACACCACACUGCUUGUCUCCUCUCACAUGCUUUGUCCCUCAGCUGGCGGCGCUGCUCUUCGAGCCGCCGCACGGCCGCUUCUUCGCGGGCUACCCGUGGCAGCUGUACGAUGACGUCAGCGACACGCUGCGCUGCCUGGUGUAUGACGUCAUCGCGCUGGACUCCAGCCUGAGGGCGGAGAUCCAGGCACCACUGGUGCUGCGGCGGUUGGUGGGGCGCGAGAUGACUGCCAUCGCCCACGAGUGCAGCAGCACGCUGGCCUACCUGGCGCACUCAGUGCGCUCAUUCACGUGGCCGGGGCCGCCCGACUCGCUGUUUCGCGCCGAGGAAGCUGCCAUGAAGCUGCAGCACCGGCUGUCGAAGCACAUCAACCUCAUCCUCAUGCUGCCUCCGCCCUCCCUCGCCCACCGCCCCUUGGCGCUCUCCCGCCUCUCUGAGGGCGGAGGAGGGAGCCUUGGGGGCGCCGGAGUCGUUGGAGGGGAUGGGGACGCGUUUGACCGACUGGUGGUGAAUGGGGGGGACGAAGGGGGUGAGGGGGGCGACGAUGGGGAUGGGGGGUGGGCGGAGGAUGGGGAGGCGGUGGUGAAGAGCUGCAUUGACAUGGGUGGCGAGGAGGAUAAGGGCGAGGGCGAGCAGGGGAGAGGGCAGACAAGGCUGGCGGAAUCUGCUUCGCCCAGGGCAAAGAGGCUGUCCCGCCCCGGCAGUCCUCUCUGCCUCUCCCCCCGCCACCCCCACGGCCUCUCACCCUCCCCCAGCACCACGGCUCCGGGCUCGUAUGCACCAGCACACAGGGCAGCGGUGGCAGCAGCAAGCACAGCAGCAGCAAUGGGCACCCUCACGCCCUCGGAGAUGUCACUGGCAGAGGGGCUGGCCGGCUAUGCUGCCACAUGGGGACCGGCUGGUGGGCAGGGCGAUGCAGGAGCACCGGCGGGCGGCACGGGGAGUGUGGGCGGCACGGGGACUGUGGGCGGCACGGGGAGUGUGGGUGGCAUGGGGCCGAAGAAGCCGUCGGUUGCGGAGUGGCGGCAGGAGCUGCUGCAGCGGCAGGCGUCGAUGGGCGGUGCGUGGGACUGCACGGUGGAGCGCAUUGCAGCACUGUCACUGGUGAAGGUGGCUGCGCUGCUGCUGGAGGUGGUGGCCAAACUGCACUUCGUGGUGCAGCGAUCCGAGGAGCUUGCUCUUGCUGCCCGCUUCGAUGUGACCGGGCACUCCUAG